GAUGCACUUCCACCAUAUUGUUUUCACCUAGCAACUCUUUUCCCAUCUGUGAAAUUGAUGGGGAGGAGAGAAUAGAUUUAAGUAGUUGAGAUUGGGCUCAGGUCUGAAAGCGAGACACUUAACCCAAUCUAAAAAAUAAAAUCUAAUUGGACAAGGUUAGGUUGCAACAGCUCCUUUUCAAAAUAUUCUCUCCUGUCAGCCCAUGCCUUGUACUGAACACAAAUGACCCCGGUCAGAGCUGGAUGGUACAGCUGCUUGGCACCCUCUCCAUCUCGGUCUGCUCUUCCAAGCCACUUGUAUGCUGGUCAGUCAGUCCUAGGAGGCCUGGCCAUCACAGCGCUAGGCUAUAUUUAGCACCUGCUGUUUAAUGAUUGCUGAUGGAGGGCGGUCUAUGCAUAAGGUUUGUGCUGGUUUGUGUUGUCAUCGGUGUGUUGUCUUCUGGCCCUUCAAAUAGUAGCCUGGUCCCAGAUCUUUUUGUCUUGCCAGCUCCUUGUCACGAGUUGUUUGGCAAGACUGCAAUAACAGCUCUAGGAUCAUGCUAAUCAGUCAUAAACCCUUCUCAAUCAAAAGCCAACAAAGUUUUCAGUAAGUGUUCCCUUUCCACAGAGGUCAGCGUGUUCUCUGAACGUAGCCUAAAGAUGGCGUUUUGCGCUUCACUAAAACGAUUUCCUGUGUGGUUGUUUUUCAGCCCUUUCUACGGCGAGGACUUCUACUUUGAGAUCCCACGACCAUUUCAGUGUUUGUCCUUCUACGUAUUCGCCAAGGGUGUUUUUCAAAGGGACCUGCCUGUCGGGAAAGUGUCCAUCCGGAAGGAGGAACUGUGUAAAUUCAGUGGGAAGGAGCACUGGUUUGGCCUGCAGCCCGUGGACCCUAACUCUGAAGUCCAGGUGGGUGUCAGUCAGACAGUGUUCAGACAUCUUUAUGUGUACCCAGUUGGUCUGGGGAGAAAAGUUCACCUUCUAGUCAUUGUGCUAGUUCUUGUAUGCGGUCAUUCAGCCACCAUAAGGCUGUCCAAUGGUAUUGAUUGUAGUUAGUCACCAGUCAGACAUUUUGGCUUGAUCCAACUGUCUCUGCAGCAGACACCACCUCCUCACAUCCUGUUGUUGUAUUCUCUCUAUGCUGAGAGGCUUGGUAACCGGGCUGAUACUUUUUUGUUUAUU